AUGGCCCAGGCCCAGGCUGAGGCUGUUGCCAUCAUUACCGGCGCGAGCCAAGGACUAGGUGCGGCGUCCGCCAUCCGACUCGCCCAGAUCUACUCCGCGAUUGUUCUGGUUGCCCGCAACGAGUCGCUGCUGGCACAGGUCGCGGCGAAGGUGGAAGCAGCGGGGGCCAAAACACUCACGAUCGCGGCGGAUCUCUCCAAGCCAGCGUCCGCGAAGGCCGUGGUGGCGGCGACGGUCGACAAGUUCGGGCGGAUCGACGCCCUCUUCAACAACGCGGGCUCCGUGAAGCCGAUCGACCUCUUCAAACUGACCGACGAGCAGUGGGACGACGGAUUCAACCUGAAACUGCACGGCGCCCGGCGCAUGGCCCUCGAGGCGUGGCCGUACCUGAAGGCCUCCAAGGGCGCCGUGCUCUUCAUGUCCGGCGUGGCGGCCGAGGCCCCGAAAGCAGGCAACGCGGCGGUGUCGGUCGUCAACUCCGCAGUCAAUGCCCUGUCCAAGGCGUUUGCCGACCGCGGACUCGAAGACGGCGUGCAGGUCAACACCAUACUGCCAGGCCCCGUCGAGACCGAGCGCCUGGUCACCAUGGCCACGGAAUUUGCUCGCUCCAAGGACAUCCCCCUGGAAGAGGCCCAGGCGAACUUGCUCAAGUCUAUGGGUAUCCCGCGGUUCGGGAAGCCCGAGGAAAUCGCGGAGCUCGUCGCCUAUUUGCUGUCGCCAGCGGCGCGUUGGAUGACGGGCUCUGCAGUUAGGAUGGAUGGCGGUGUUGUUAAGAGCAUAUGA